AUGGAUUUGCUGAUGGAGGAGAUGGAUGAGGAUUGCGCACAUAAAAAACCAACGACAAACGUCUCCUCCGACCAGUUCCCGCCCGAUCUCUUCACCCUCGAUCAGCGCCGCCACGGCGCUAUUGUUUUGCAUUUUGGAGGCCUUGUCUACAUGUUCGUGGCGUUGGCGGUGGUGUGCGACGAGUUCUUCGUCCCCAGUCUCUCCGUCCUAACCGAAGUGUUCGCGAUCAGCGAUGACGUGGCUGGGGCAACAUUUAUGGCAGCCGGCGGCUCGGCUCCUGAGUUUUUCACCUCAGUUUUCGGCGUGUUCGUCGCGCACAACAAUGUCGGCAUUGGGACGAUUGUUGGCAGCGCCACGUUCAACAUCCUGUGCGUGCUGGCGUUUUGCACGCUCUUCUCGCGCGAUAUUUUGCACCUCACCUGCGACAUGACGUUCUACAUCUUGGCCCUGUUCUUCCUGGUGCUCUUUUUCGCCGACGAGAAUAUCGAGUGGCUGGAGGCGUUGGCCCUGUUUGCCAUCUACAUUUUAUACGCACUUUUCAUGAAGCACAACGUGCAGCUGGAGCGCUUCGUAAAGGUGAUAAUAUCCUCGGCGAGGCCCAACGACAAAGUAUACCGACUCGACGCAGCUGGCAAUAACAACCUCAACCUCGGCCAUCAUACGCAGCCGCCAUCCCCGACCGGCGGCCCAAACGUCAUCACUGUACAGCCGUAUGAAAACGGCAGCAGGAGAGAGAACGGGCUGAAAACGGUGAGCGGGUUGGUGGACAAGUCGGAGACGCUCCAAAACGGGCACUCUAACGGCCAGAAUGGUGGCGGCCAUUCGCUGAUGAACGGUGUCACUUUUGAAAAGGUGACGCUGGCCGAUGAAGUGGACGAGCCCCUCGACCUCUCGUGGCCAGAGGGCAGGAUGAAACAACUCGUCUACGUUCUCCUAGCCCCUAUUAUAUUCCCGCUCAGCCUCACGCUGCCGGAUGUCAGGAAACCGGAGAACCGCCGCUGGUUCGUGGUGACAUUCGGCGGGUCGGUGCUGUGGAUCGCCUCCUUUUCGUAUUUAAUGGUCUGGUGGGCGAAUACGAUCGGCGAGACGUUGGCCAUCCCAACCGAGAUAAUGGGCCUAACGAUCCUCGCUGCCGGGACAUCAAUUCCGGACCUGAUAACAUCAGUGAUUGUCGCGAGAAAGGGCCUCGGCGAUAUGGCCGUCUCCUCCUCCAUCGGCAGCAAUCUUUUCGAUAUUUGUGUUGGGCUUCCGGUGCCGUGGUUGGCCUAUUUCUUGGCCACCUUCUUCCGCACCCACUUUCAGCCGGUGCCCCCAAUUCCUGUGAUAUCCAAUGGUCUCAUCUGCUCUGUGGGCCUACUUUUUGCGAUGCUAAUUGUUCUUGUCAUUUGUGUAGCCGCUUCAAAAUGGCGUAUGGACAAAUUCUUCGGGCUGGUGAUGAUCGUUUCCUAUGUCAUUUUUUGCAUAUUUUCCAUUUUCCUUGAGACGGGCCACGUCACGUGCCCGUUGCGUAUUUUCGGGAGCGGCCGGAGUUGC